AUGUCUGAAGGUAUCGAGCUGGUGAAAAAGCACAUAGAAUUCACGGAGGUCUUCGCUGAAUACGACGACCUUGUUGUCUACACACCAAGAUUGCCCCUCGGGGAAAAUUGGGCAUAUCUAGGCCAGGUCGCCAGGAAACGCGAUGGUGAAAUUCCAGACCAUUCCGGGAUGAUCCUGUUGGCAAAGGAUGGCAGCGAUCCUCUGGGAGACAUCGUCGAUUGGGAGCCCGUUAUGCAUGGCAUUCACCCAACGCCAUUCUCAAGUUGGAGGGGCAUCCCCGCUGAUCCUGAGAGAUACGUGUCAGGCGGUGAUUUCUUCGUGCUUGGAAUGAACAAGCCGACUCCAGAACAGACUGCAGGUAUCAAAGCCAUUCGCAGAGACCUAAUUUUGGAGAGUAAACCAGAUCGUUGCAUUUGGGGUGUCCCCCUGCCAUUCAAUGGACUUACCAUCUGGGAUGUUACACUGUUGGUUUUGACUCACCAGCCAACGGGAGCAUUUGUCUCAACAUCUGCACAAUCCGCCGACGGCAUAACCCUCCCUGUGAUCUUUUUCAAAGCCUAG